GGGCCACUGGCCUCGCCGGGUCGCUACCGCUCAACGGCUGCGGCCGCCCUGCCCCGCCCGGAGGGAGGGGCCGCCCGCGCAGCGCGGGGUCCUGCGGAGCCGGCCGAGGACCCAGAGGCCGCGGCCGCGCACCCGGAGCCUGCACCUCCGCCUCCUCUCGCGCCUUCUCCACCCUCCCGGGACCCGCGGCCACCCGGCCCACCUGGGCCCCCCGCGGGACGUCUCCGGGUACCUCGAGUCGUGCCUCCCAGGAACCCCGGGCGCGCAGCGCGGCCUCCGGAGCUCCGGCCCACCCCUCCUACCUCGCGCGGGGUUCCCCGAGCCUCUCCGGGCCCCAGACCCCCUCGCGUAGGUCCCCAGAGCGGCCCUGGGCAGACCCCCUCGAGCCCCGCGGGCAUGCUUGGGCUCCUGGCGCUGCUGCUCCCGCUGCUGCCUCCGUCGCCGGUGAGCGCCCUGGAGCCCUCCGCGCAGGACGUGAGCCUGGGAGUGGACUGGCUGACUCGCUAUGGCUAUCUGCCACCACCCCACCCUGCCCAAGCCCAGCUGCAGAGCCCUGCAAAGCUGAGGGAUGCUAUCAAGGUCAUGCAGAGGUUUGCUGGCCUACCUGAGACAGGCAUCCUGGACCGCGUGACGGUGGCCACCAUGCAGAGGCCCCGCUGCUCCCUGCCCGAUGUGCUGGGGGUGGCCGAGCUGGUCAGGCGCCGCCGGCGCCGGCGCCGAUACGCUCUGAGCAACAGCAAGUGGGAGAAGCGAACCCUAACAUGGAGGGUUCGCUCCUUCCCCCAGAACUCAGCUCUGACCUCGGAGACAGUGCGGACCCUCAUGCACCAUGCCCUGAGCACCUGGGGCAUUGAGUCAGGCCUCAGAUUCCAGGAGCUGGUUUCUCAGGACCCAACAGAGCCCGACAUCCUCAUCGACUUCGCCCGGGCAUAUCACCAGGACAGUUAUCCCUUCGACGGGCAGGGAGGUACCCUCGCCCACGCCUUCUUCCCCGGGGAGCAUCCCAUCUCUGGUGACACUCAUUUUGAUGAUGAGGAAACCUGGACUUACGGCUCAAAAGAUGGCGAGGGGACUGACCUGUUCGCUGUGGCUGUCCAUGAGUUUGGCCACGCCCUGGGCCUGGGCCACUCCUCAGCACCCAACUCGAUUAUGAGGCCCUUCUACCAGGGCCCGGUUGGCGAACCCCACAAGUACCGCCUGUCCCAGGAUGACCGCGAAGGCCUGCAGCAGCUCUACGGGAAGGUGCCCGAAACCCCCUACGAUAAGCCCACAAGGAAACCCCUGGCCCCUGCUCCCCCGCCCCCUGCCCUGCCCCCCGACAGCCCCUCUCUUCCCGUCCCCGACCGAUGUGACGGCAAUUUCGACGCCAUUGCUAACAUCCGUGGUGAGAUAUUCUUCUUCAAAGGCCCCUGGUUCUGGCGCCUGCAGCCCUCGGGCCAGCUGGUGUCCCCCCGGCCCGCGCGGCUCCACCGCUUCUGGGAGGGGCUGCCGGUGGAGGUGAAGGUCAUCCAGGCCGCCUACGCCCGGCAUCCCGACGGCCGCAUCCUGCUGUUCAGCGGCCCCCAGUUCUGGGUGUUCCAGGACCGGCAGCUGGAGGGCGCCCCGCGGCCGCUCACCGAGCUGGGGCUGCCGGCGGGAGAGGAGGUGGACGCCGUGUUCUCGUGGCCGCUGAACGGGAAGACCUACCUGAUCCGGGGCGGGCGCUACUGGCGCUACGACGAGGCGGCGGCGCGCCCAGACCCCGGCUACCCCCGCGACCUGAGUCUUUGGGAAGGGGCGCCUCACGCCCCGGACGAUGUCAGCGUCAGCAACGCAGGUCACAGCCCCUGGAGACCUGAAUAGCCAUGGGCUUCUCCAAGGUGAGUGAGAAUGAGUUGGGGGGUGGUGGGAAGGCCUGGAUACCAUAUCCAUGCCGCAGGUCCCCCUUCUCCCACCUGUACCGGCCCCCGGACCUCCGGAUCCCUCCACAUGCACCUGGCUCUGUCCCAUUCUCCUGGGCCAAUGGGGGAGCCCCCUGGUGAAGCAGAGGGUCUGAGCCAUUCAACAGGGCCCCAGUCUCAUAAUGACCCUUAGCUUGCUGGGUCAAGUGCUCUGCCAUCACUUUCCUGAAAUUCUGAAUAAUUUGUUGACAAAUGGCCUCACAGUCUCCUUUUGCUCUGAGUCAUUCACUGUAUUAAUUUUUUUUUAAGAUUUUAUUUAUUUGUCAGAGAGAGAGAGAG